AUGAAGAAUACAGCUCUCCUCGUCUUGGACGUUCCGAAAGGCGUCGUCAGUCACGUUUCCGAUGCUACUCCCUAUGUCCAGCGUCUUGCCUUCGUAAUCAAUGCCGCCCGAACACAAUCCAUCCAGAUCAUUCAUGUUAAGACGGCCUUCCGUCCUGGGUACCCUGACUUACAUCCUCGAAAUCCCUCGGCACAAAGAGUGAUUCCUCUGGGGAAGUAUAUCGAAGGCGAUGAAAGUGUGGAGUUCCAUCCUACCGUGGCACCUCACAAGGAGGACAUCGUUACGACAAAACGUCGGGUGUCGGCCUUUGUGGGCUCUGACCUUGAAGUGACCCUUCGCAGCUCCCGCAUUGAAAACCUAGUCGUGGUCGGUCUGAUCGCUAGUGGGGCGGCGCUAUCGACUGUUCGCCAGGCAGCGGACCUUGACUAUGGGUUGACGGUCCUUGAGGAUCUAUGUUUGGAUCGAGAUCAGGAAGUACACGAACUGUUAAUGAAAAAGGUCAUCGCAAAACAGGCCAAUGUGGUCGCAUCCAAGGAGUGGCUGGCUGGUCUGUAG